UACGCAACGCAGUAGACGAUUCGCCCCCUCAUCAGUCGCCGCACAGUAGACCCUCAGAAUGGCUGACGAGAGGCCCAUCGUCGUAGACAAUGGUACCGGAGUGAGUGCAGCCGCCAAGGGAUGCACCCACAAUCCGAAUGACAUUGCCGCACGACAUCUGAUCAUUACCUUGCUCUGCUGGGCGCCCCUUUUCCCCCCUUUACAACAGUUCGUCAAGGUCGGGUAUGCUGGUUCCAAUUUCCCAGAGCACGUCUUUGCUUCCAUCGUCGGUAGACCAAUCUUGAGAGUAGAGGAGAAGGAUGCAGGGUCCCUAGCUGCGCAGAUCAAGGACAUCAUGGUGGGAGAUGAGGCAGAGGAGCUGAGGAACUACCUUCAGAUCAACCAACCCAUGGAGCACGGUGUCGUAAAGGACUUUGGGGAUAUGAGACACGUAUGGAACUAUACCUUUGAUGAGAAGCUUCGCAUCGAUCCCGCUGGUCGCAAGAUUCUACUCACAGAACCACCCAUGAAUCCCAAGCGGAACAGGGAGGAAAUGUGUCAGAUCAUGUUCGAGGAGUAUGGAUUCGAGGGAGUGUACAUAGCAAUUCAGGCAGUCUUGACGCUCUACGCUCAAGGUCUGCAAACCGGAGUAGUCGUCGAUUCGGGAGACGGUGUGACCCACGUAGUGCCCGUCUACGAAGGCUUCGCCAUGCCCCAUCUCACAAAACGUCUCGAUGUGGCAGGACGAGAUGUGACGAGGUAUCUCAUCAAGCUGUUGCUGCUGAGAGGGUAUGCCUUUAACCGAACGGCAGACUUUGAGACGGUCAGGAAGCUCAAGGAGAAGGUCUGCUUCACCAGCUACGAUCUAGCGCUGGACAAGAAGCUGGCAGAGGAGACGACGACAUUGGUGGAGAGCUACACACUCCCUGAUGGCCGGGUGAUUAAGGUCGGCUCAGAGCGCUUCGAAGCUCCCGAGUGCAUGUUCCAGCCACACCUGGUAGACGUGGAACAACCCGGAGUGGCUGAGCUCUUGUUCAACACCAUUCAGUCGGCAGCAGUGGAUGUUCGAACAGAAUUGUACAAGCACAUUGUCCUCAGUGGUGGUAGCUCAAUGUACCCUGGUCUACCGAGUCGGUUGGAAAAGGAGAUGAAGCAGCUUUACCUCAGCAAGGUCCUCAAUGGAGAUGGCAGUCGUCUAAAGAACUUCAAGCUCCGCGUGGAAGAUCCACCACGUCGAAAGCACAUGGUCUUUCUCGGUGGUGCCGUCUUGGCCGAUAUCAUGAAGACGCGCGAGUCCUUUUGGAUUAGUCGAUCAGAGUGGUAUGAACAAGGAGUGCGGAGCUUGGAUAGAUUGGGAAGACAUGCCUAG